AUGGCUUCGUGGCUUCGCCCCGAAAAGAAAGGCAACCAAAAGCAUAUUCUUCCUCCGCAACUGAAAUCAAGAAUACCAGUCAGAAUGACUCGCCCAUGCAGUGAAAAUGUCAGAAGUUCAUCGUCAAAGGACAAAGCAGAUAAAACAGCGCGUCUGCAAAAAGAUUUAGACAGCAAAGUUCAAAGCAAGCAAUCAUCGCGAAUUCCGAUUGCGGUAAAUGGGAGGAAGACCAAAGUUGAUUCUAAAGAUAAUCUACCCAUGAAUUUCAAAACUACUCGAAGAGGAAAACUUUUUGGAGGAGAUUCGGGUAUUAAACUACGAGGAACUCAUAGUAAACAAGACAAGAAGACGGAAAGUACCACUCCUUCAACCACAGCUAAACAAAGUAGUUAUAGGCGCGCUCAGAAAACGACGCCAAUUGUCAGGCGACGUGUACCACGACAGCUUACACCAACAGAGACACAGUCGAAACAGGUUUGCGAGGAUGAGAAAGCAUCGCGAGAAGAAAGCUCAGCAAGAGAGAAAUCAUCUGCAGCCAAGGCGGAAGAGGUCACGCCUGAGGUCGCCACAGCUAAACAAAGCAGUUACAGGCGCUCUCAAAAAACGACUCCAAUUGUCAGGCGACGUGUACCACGACAGCUUCCACCAACAGAGACAGAGUCGAAACAGGUAUGCAAGGAUGAGAAAGAAUCACGAGAAAAAAGCUCAGCUGGGGAGAUAUCAUCUGCACCCAAGGCGGAAGAGGUCACGCCAGAUUUUGAAUGUAAUGUUGCACCUGUGCAUGAGGAAAAGUUUCGUAUGGGGGCCAAAUCAGAUUUCAGUGGUAACGAGAUUGGCGACGACUUUGUAUGUUACUCCAAAUCUAGCGACGAGAAAGCAAUGCCCGAUGUGCCCCAAUGGCUAACAGAGGAGUACAAGGAGAGAGAAGAAGAACAGGAAAACAUAAAACUCAUUAAAGGUGACACCACUGUUACAAGCUCGGCACAAAAUAUCAGACUGGAAACAGAGUUUGGUACAAAGAACAAGAUGGAAGAAAAUGUUUUGAGCGAGGAAGAGUUGGACUGUGACUCUUUCACUGAGUCCAGCGGAUACCAACGGAAAAUGGCUGAGCUAAACAAAAAAUUCAGACGGCUCAAGGCACAGUUUGCGAAGGAAAACAGACAGGCUGUCGAAUCUACGAACAAAACAAUGGAGGAGAUCAAACAGAGCCAGGCAAGGGAAGAUUGCAUCACAAAUGAGAUUGAGGAGAUACGACGGAGACGGGAUGAAAUAAAAGAAGACUUGAAACGCCUUGAUGAGAUCGGCCAAAGACGAGAUCUCGAAGAUAAAAAAUGGAGAGAAAAAAUGGACAUGAAAAACAAGAAACUCACAAAUAUACUGGAGAAGAUAAGAGCCAAACGACGCAAAUAUCAAGAAGAGACGGGUGCUGAAAAUGACUCAACAGAGGGGCAUGAUCAACAGGAUAAGAAUUCAAGUGAAAGUCCGGAGAGUGAGAAAAGCAAAGAUGUCACCAUAGGAAACGAAACCGUUAUAAACGAAGACGUUGGUAACGAAGUGUUACGUGAGCCUCACCAGAUCAUCGAGUACAAAAGUGUAAAAGAGCUGGAAGAGAAGCGGAAAGAACUAAAGCAGUUGAAGAGACUGGAAAAGAAGGCGAUCAAAAGAGAGAAGUUAGAACAAAGAGAACGUAAGAAGAUCGAAAAACACAAACUUGAGAAACUCUCAGCUAAGAGUUCAAAGGUCUCGGAAGAAACUGCAGGAGUUGCUCAGUGUAUAAAUCAGGACAUGGAGGCUACGAAUACAACGGCAAAAGAGAAAAGUGCUGAAACCCCGAAAGUAACUAGAAUUAAACCAGACGUCGACACCUCUUCACAUAUCGCAGAGUCCAAGCAAGUCCAGGCACCUUACUAUUCUGGAUUAAUUACGAAUGGUACAAAGAACAAGGUGGAAGAAAAUGUUUUGAGCGAGGAAGAGUUGGACUGUAGCUCUUUCACUAAGUCCAGCGGAUACCAACAGAAAAUGGCUGAGCUGGACGAAAAAUCCAGAAGGCUCAAGGCACAGUUUGCGAAGGAAAACAGACAAGCUGUCGAAUCUACGAACAAGACAAUGGAGGAGAUCAAACAGAGCCAAGCAAGGGAAGAUUGCAUCACAAAUGAGAUUGAGGAGAUACAAAGGAGACGGGAUGAAAUAAAGGAAAACUUGAAACGCCUUGAUGAGAAAUUAGGAGAGACGUUUGCUGAGGUUGAUAGGCUUAUAUUGGGAGAUACAGACUCUAUGGUCGACGAAACAGCGGACAGCCAACAAAGUAACCCAAAAUAUAGCAAGGAGGAGGUGCCUCGAGAGGAUAACUUUGACUGUUUUCCUGAUGAAGUUGAGGGAGACAUGCACACAGAGGAAAGCAGGUCUCAAGUUUCACAGAGUGCUGAGAAUGAGGACAACGAGAAAAAUGUCCAUGAAUGCGAUGCCUUACCGAGAUAUGAGCAAUCGGUAGUAGCAGUCGUCAACAUAACUGAGUAUUUAAUCCAAAAAGAGUUGUCCAAGGCUUUGGAAACAAUUAUCCCUGUCAGUAAAAAAGAGUGUACAUCGCGAUCGGAAGAAAAGAUCUCAGAGGAAGAACCAAAGCUCCACAAACAAAAUAUGGAAAUGGAAUUUGGGAAACUUAGGAGGGAAAAUACCGAGCUCGAGAUGCAGAUUUGGGUCAUAAACGAGGAACUUGAAACUUACCGAAAAAGGAUAGAAACUUUACAGGCUGACCUGGAUGGGAGCAAAGUUGAGGUAAAGCAACUUCAGUCUAAGAAAGAGUUCAAAGAAAGAGAGCUGGCAAAUUUAAAAAGUGAUUUCCAGAGAAAGGAGCAAAAAUGGGAAGAUGCAAAUGAACUCUUGGAAAAGGUUAUGGUGGAAAGAGAAGAGUUAUGGGAUGAUGUUGAUUACUUGGAAGAAAGCUUGAAAGACAGUCAAGAAAGCAAUGAAACUCUGACAUUUGAGGUCGAUGAGCUGACGAUAAUGAUACAGGAGAUGAAGAGAGAGUACAGAGUGGAGCACAGUCGCUGGGGAUGUGGACACCUACGUGAGGAAGUAGAGUUACUAAAUGGAUCUCUAGAGUUGAAUGAACAGCGAACAGUUUUAUUAGAGAGCCAAUUGGACGCGUUUGAGGCAGAAAGAAAACAGUUAUGUGGUCAUGUUGAUUUCUUGGAGGGAAGCCUAAGAAACAGUCAAGAAAGCAAUAAAGAUCUGACAACAGAGAGUAACUCUGUUGGAGAGCCAAGUGGACGCGUUUAA